AGAGGAAGAGUCACACAAAAAACCCACGGCAUAAUUAGCGCACCCACAGCACUGCUGCUGCUAAAGGCGUAAAGGGGGCACGGUUUUAAUCGUCGAAUCGACACCAAAAAUGGAGCUCAGCCAGAUGUACAAGAAGAAAAAGAACCGGUGGUCGAUGUCGAAGAUCGAGCUGCUGAUAGAUCUGUGGGCCGAGCACUACAGAGAGCUGAAAUCGUGCCGCCGGAACGACCACAUCUUCGUCAAGAUGAAGCACAAGCUGGAGAAGAGCGGCUGCAAGGUGACGGUCGAAGAUAUCCGUAUCCGGAUCAAUAAUCUGUCGGCCAAGUACAGGAAAGAAUCGAUGGCAACUCUAGCAGGUGGCUCGCCGUCCAAGUGGCCACUGUUCGCCAAGAUUCACAAUAUUCUGAGCAACGACACGACGUUGGACGAAGCAACGGAAACGCAAGAGGAAAGCAUGGAAGCUACGUAUCCUGCGGCAGAACCAGCGGAGGGCCGUUCGAAGGUUUACCAGCUGAAGUGCAACUAUCGGCAAGAAAAUAUUGACAACUUUUUUACCGAGCUGUACUUCAAUCCUCGAUAUGCGGACGUAACCUUGGUUACCUGCCACGAGGGAGAGACGUUCGCUAUCCCAGCACACAAAAUGGUUCUUGGAAACUUCAGUAUGUACUUUGCAAACAUUUUUGAAAAGCUGAAUGUACCGCAAAACUCCAACACCUACAUCGUGCUGCCGGCGAACGUGUCUCAUCAGACGAUGCAAAUACUAAUGCAGUACAUGUACACGGGGCAGUCGUCUGUGCCGGAGUACAACGUGGACGAAGUGUUACGCUGCGGUGAGCUGUUGAAGAUACGGGGUUUCUGGAGCGAAAACAAAGCAUCCGUUUCGUCGUCGGUCGGCCACCACAAGCGGCGGACGAAUGGCGCCGAUGGACGAAAGAUGCACCGCAAGCUGGGCGGCGGUGGCAGCUCGUCGCAGGACACCGACCAAAGCCGGCUGGCACGGCAAACGUCGAUGCAAACCGAUCAGCAUUCGGAGGUCGCAUCCGAUUCCGGAACUUCGGCGCUGGACACGCUGGACGAACAGAAGCGGCUUGCAAUAGCGGCGAUCCAACGUGAUUUGCAUGCGAGCUCGAUGCGCGCGAUGGCUCACGGUGCGGCGGCACUGUUCAGCAGCGUUUCGGACGUGAAGCAGGAACCGAAUGAAUGGGAUGACCUGGAUGACGAUAAUGAUUCAGACGAGGACGUGAUGAUCUUGCCGGAUGAAGUGAAAGCGAAGGCCAGCGAGAGUGAGGGAAAGACAAACCAACCGAUGCAGGCCGCCGAGUUGGUCGAGCAGCUUGCGCAACUUCAGCAACAGCAGCAACUGCAACAGCAACAAUUGCAACUGCAACAGCAACAGCAACAACAGCAGCAGCAGCAGCAGCAACAACAACAACAGCAGCAGCAGCAUCAUCAACAGCAACAGUUGCCCGACGAUCCGAAGUCCCACCAGCAGCAGCCAACGUCUCACACAUCGCAGCAACCGACGCCACAGUCGUCGCUGCACUGUGAAUUGUGCAGCGCCUGCUUCACUAAUCCCGACGAUCUACUGCAGCACAUUAUCAGCUUACACGGCGAUGCGGCCGAGGUGCUACGCAAGCGAAGCAGGAUGACAGACGAGGAAAAUCCACCAAAUUCGAUGCGAUGCGAUUUUUGCAACAAAUACUUCUUCUCGGCCGCCGAUUGGGCGCAGCACGUGUUGCACACGCACACCGAACGUACGGCUGAAUUUCAGCAACAAAUGGCCCAAUUUUCGGCCGAAGAACUUCUGCCCAACAUGAGCAAAAUACGUUCCAUAGCAUCAUCGAACUCGAUCGAUUACGUGCCACCAGGCAGUGCGCCGCAAACGAACGGAAUGGCCCCAUUGCCAGUGCCCGAUCUCCCGGCGGAGUCCGAGUACAUAAACGAGGAACACCUAGAUGAGGAGUAUUUGCACGACAAUGGCGCUGGCGAAGAGCUAGUGAAUGGGACGGGUGGCGCAGUGGAUCAGGCUGAGCAGGGACAAGAGCAACCGCCGGAAGAACCGGAACCGGAACAGCAACCGCAACAUCCCAACAAUGUCCCAUCCUGCAGCUACAUGGAGCCAACUAUCGAAGCAACGAUCGAACCCACGUCAAACACAGAUAAUUCACGCAAAGGUAAACCCGGACAAUACGAAAUCAAGGGCCUCUAUCAUCAGCAGAGGAUGGAAGAUUAUUUGUUUAAACUGUACAGUAAUCACAUGCUGACGGACGUUACACUAAUCGCAUGUCACGACGGCGACACCGUUAUGAUGCCAGCCCAUCGGUUCAUCUUGGCUAACCUGAGCUCGUAUUUUUCGACCAUAUUCGAAAAGCUAACACCGACAACAUUGGCGGGUUCGUUGGCCAUUAUGUUGCCAUUGGAUAUUUCACCGACUUCGAUGCAAAUGCUGCUGCAGUACAUGUACACCGGAAAAGUGUGCCUUGGGAGCGAUAUCCUCGAUGAAGUAUGGCGCUGCGGAACCCUGCUCAAGAUUCAAGGGUUCUGGAGCGAAAGUCGCGGUGAGCCGAAGAAACGUCCAAAACCGGGGAACAGGGCCCAGACUGAGGGCAUGCGGAAGGAGGAAAAGCAACAACAAGAACAAAACCAAGAUCCCGAGGAAGAGCAAGAGCCCGAGGAAGAACAAGAGCCCGAGGAUGAGCAAGAGCCCGAGGAAGAGCAAGAACCAAUGCUGGAAACACAAGAAUCGUCGGUACGGGGAUCGGAGUCACGUGGCGAAGCCAAACGGCGAAAUACUUACGAAGCAGUGCAUCUGGAAGGAUCGCCACCUAGAAAAAAGCGGCCCCGGCCCCCUGUCAUUGAGGAUACGUUCAGUGAUUUGGAAAUGAUGGAAGUAUCCUCGGCAAUUGGCAGAGACCUCCUGAUGUCCAAUUCAGAUGACGAUGAAGACGACUCUCCAACGAUGUCGCAUGAUGAUCGUGAUGAAUCGGACGAGGACGACUCCGAUGACUCCUGCGACGAAGACGAGGACUCCGGUGACGAUGAAAAUGAGGACUCCGGCGACGAUGAAAAUGAGUCUUCGAGUCAUUCUACGAAUGAGUUCUACGAAAAUGAUUUCGAAGACGUAGAAGAGCAGGGGGAGGAGGAGGACAGAAGGGGGAAACAAAACGACGUCGUCGAUCCUGGCCAUAAGGGUAAGGGUAAUGUAAUGGGGAGCGGUGGCAAUGUGACCCAGAAUGAUCCCGAUGGAAGUAUCGCGGAUGAUGACAACGAGGAACAAGGGUUAAUCAUCAGCAAUGAAGAUCAAAAUGAGCAGCCCACGGAACCGAUCAGAAAUGGAGUCAACAAGCCAGAAUCUCUACCGCCUAACCCGUCCUUUGUGAAACUCGAACCGGCAGAACUGGAUCCAGUAAGAGCACUACCGCUGGAGGAACAAACGAUACGCGGCGAGAGGGAGCUGAGCGAACCGGAUGCAGCAGUCUUGGAAGCAGCCACAACACUCUUCAAUGCCCAAACUACCAUCAGACAGUGGACCCAUCGAAAUGGUUACGAAACCCCCGAAAGCAUCGCUGAAGGGGAGCCACAUAGAAUCGAUGCAAAUCACGAUAUGUCCCGGCUGGACGCACACAAUAUUUCACUCUCGGAAGCAGCCAACGCGACCAACACGUCCUGGACAUGUAAGCUGUGCAGUUUUCGGUUUACUGCGGCGGACGUUUGGAUCCAGCAUGUAGUGCAGGUCCACGGCAACGACACAAACAUUCUCUGCCGAUUUUCUAUCAUUUUUCAGCGGCGGGUGGUCACCAUGCUGGAGUGUGACCUGUGCAAACUGGGGCUUAACACUGAGUAUGACUGGGUGCGUCAUAUUCUAACCAGGCACACUGAGCUGUACCCGCACCUCUAUAUGGAACAGUUUGCGUCUGUCCGGAAGUGA